UCCUUCCGUGCCAUCGCCUUGUCUAUCCGCCUAUUCUCUCCAUCACGUCUAUCUUACUAGCGUUUCUAAAAGUUUGUUUCUUGCUACGUGCAUAUGGUGGUUCUGUGCGUCCUGUAUCUGGAGAAUUUGUGGAGUGAUGGACCAUCCUGCUGGCCUUGAUUUGAUGGCAACUGUCGUAUCUCAUCUUGAAUAUUGCACUCGGCAUGGGGAGACAGUUUACAUGGAAAAGGAUGAGCAGGUUCUAGUGCUUGAAAAAACAAAUGAAACUUGGUGGAAGGUGGUGCGGAGCGGCGAGGAACGGCCGUUCUACGCGCCCGUCACCAACCUCCGAAGCCACCUGGUGCCGCGCGUCCGCCUGCGGCCCGGCGCUGUCCGGGACCGGCGCAGGGCGCCGCUGUCAACGGCCGACGCCGAGCGACACCUGGGCCAGCAGUAUGACGUCACCAGCUGGGAGUCCUCGGCCCUUCAGGAGGGGCGGUGUGGCCCGGCGCCGGUGCCGCACGUGCUAGAGACGCCGCUCCGCCAGCUGGACGACAGCUGGGCGGAGUACAGUCACACCAGCGGCAGCUACUUCUACAACUCGGAGACGGGCGUCAGUCGCUGGCGGCCGCCGGAGCUCCAACCGCCGCCCGAGCUCGGCGAGGACGACCUCUCGUCGUGCGACAGCCUGGAUGACUCGGACGCCUCUGACGGCGGGCCGUCGCUGCUGGACGCCGAGCUGCCGCUGCCGGACGGCUGGCGCCGGCGGCGCGACUCGCUCGGCGAGCCCUGCUUCGUGCGGGACACCUCGCCGACCAGGUGGUACGGCUGCGUGGACGCGGACGAGCGAGUCUACUUCUUCCCCGAGGGCAGCUCCGAGUCGCACUGGGCGCUGCCGGCCGCCCCGGAUGACUGGGCACUGCACGGGCACCGGCUCAGGAUGCUGGAGCGACGGCCGGAGGGAAGGACCGUCGGGUCGUGA